AGGAGCCACAGUGCCCCUCUCUGGGAUCGAGAAUAGCCACGGGGCUUGUCCCGGUGGGCUGGAGUAGCCAAGGGCUCGUGCGGGCGUUGCAGCGGCCCCCGGGCUGCGGAGGCAGGGCAGGCCGGCAGCAGGGCGGCCGCGGCCGCAGCGAUGGCGCACAAGGACGUGAGCUAUUACCGGGGGCAGUACGAGCACAGGCUGCUGCCCCUGCUCAGGGAGCUCCGGGCGACAGAGGAGGACUCCACGAACUCCUUUGUCUGUGUCCUGAAGAAGAUGAAAGAAGUGCGACUGAUGGAGAAGGUUGUGGAAGAGACAGAGGAGGCCUUCACAGAGAGGAUGGAGACCAUUGCUGAGCAGUGGAGGGACCUGCACGCCAGGAGGGCCCAGCUGAAAGCCCACGUGGUGACAUCUGGGACAACUGUAAAGGAGAAUGAAAGGCUGCGAACCCAAGCUCUGAAGAAAGCCAAACAAGAGAAAGAGGAGAAUACAAAAAAAGAGAGUGAGCUCUUGAAGGCUAGGAAGGAACUGGAAGCCCUCAGAAAACAGCACCAGAAACUCUCAAAAAAAUUGCUGAAGUACUCCCUGUUUAAGAGAUACCUGGAGAAUGUGGUGGAAAAUUCACAGUUCCGGGACAUCGAGGACAUCAUUUCCUACUACAAGGCCCUGGUGAGGACACGCAAGGACCUGCUGCAGUCCCAGUGGUGGCACCGGCAGCUGAUGGAGCAGGGCAAGGUCCUGCAGCAGCAAAUCAGGACAGAGAAGGAAGCUGAGAUGCUUCAGUGCAAAAAUGACCUGGCUCAGCUCAAAGAAUCUUUUGACCAGGCUCAAAGUGACAUCUGCAAGUGGGAGAAUCGCUGGGCUGAGGUCCAGGACAGCGCUGCCAGGAAGGCCACAGAGCUGAAGUCCCUCCACAUGGCCAUCCAGAGCCUCUUCCAGGCUGCCAGCGCACGGCUCCAGCCAAAGGACAAGGUGGCAGCUGGGGACAGCCACGGGCAGCUGGACAUGGUACAGCCCAGGAACGGCAGCAGGAACGGCUCUCCCGAGAUCCAGCAGUUCAUCUACGACCUCCAGGACUUCACAGAGGACAUGAAGGAGCGCAGCCAACCUCUGUGAGAACCUGCCCUGCCAGCGAGGGAGCAGCAGGUGGGCAGCGAAAGGAGGGGACGAGAGAACCCUGCGGAUACUGCAGACUAAAGAAAUAGCAAAUCAC